CCGAGCGGCGCCAUGCCCCUCCGCCUCCCGCCGGGCCGAGGCCUGUCGUCCUUGGCGGGCAGGGCGCGGAGCGGGGCCGGCCUGGCCGCCCGCCGGUCCCCGGCGGCAAGGUCUCUUGCUGUGGCACAUUAUUUUGUUGUUCGCCAUUUCCCUGGACAAUGGUGUUUUGUUUUCUAAGCAGAACCGUGCAUCUAGCAAGAUAUUCAUCCAGUCUACUGGGGAGACAACUGUGUUCAGCCGGUGCAAAUAAGCCAGUGUUGACUUUGUUCACCAAGAAACCUUGCCCUCUCUGUGAUGAAGCAAAAGAAGUGCUCGAGCCAUAUAAGAGAAGGUUUAUUUUGCAGGAGGUGGAUAUUACCCUUCCAGAGAACUCUGCAUGGUACGAUAAGUACAAAUAUGACAUACCUGUUUUCCAUUUAAAUGGAAAGUUCCUAAUGAAGCAUCAAGUAGACAUUCAAAAGUUUGAAGACCAGCUUUCAAAGCUGGAGUUGCAUAAUGACGGAAACCAUUGAAGAAAAUGAAACUGUUCUCAUGUGAUUCUGAAAGGACUGUGCAAAAUAAAUGGCAUGAA